UUAAGGAUACACAAUCUCCAUGGCCUAUUAUUCGAGGUGAACAUCCAGCAACAAUAUUUUAUGAUGGUAAAUCAUCAUCAGUUGCAUAUAAUAUUGAAUUAGAUUAUGUACAAUUAUUUCAUCGACCAUUAAAUGAUUUUUUAACAGCAAUAUGUACAUUAUUUGCAACAUAUACAGUUUUUGAAAUAACUUAUGGUAAACUUGAAAUGACAUUAUCAUUUAUUGAUUGUUUACUUCGUGAUAAUGUACAUUCAUCAACACGUUCACCACAAGUACUUGAAUUAAUAAACGAACUCAACAGUAUGAAAAAUAUGUAA